UUUGUACUCUUCUACUACUUUCCUUUCGUCAUUAGGAAAGUUAAAUAACAAAAUGAACUUUUGCCGUCUGUUCCCACUCCCCAAUGUCGACACAAAAGAAAACCCACCAACCCACGAAAUCCCUUUCACUAUGUAACUUCAAUUCUAACCAGAAACCCUCCCCUGAGUCCCCUCUCCAUCUAUCAGAAAGAGUUGUUUCUUUUUUGCCCAGAUUCCUUCGUUCACAACUGUAAAUCCUCCCCUGAGAAGCAACACCACCUUCAAGCGCCAAAACCACACGCAAAUUAACAAAAUCUGUAAUCAAACUCCGAAACCGUCGGCCAAUUUAUCCAACUCCAAGAAUCACACUUUCCCAAAUUUACCGGCAGAGAGACAGAAAAACAGAGGAGGGCUGCGGCGGCAGAGUAAAGCGGAGCUAAAACAGAGCCCCAUUUGGCGCUCCGGUGGACCCCCAUCGACGUGUCAGCUCCUCCUUUUUGCAUGGCUUCCUAAUUCAUCCUUCCUCUCCUAUAAAUUCCACUCCUCAGUCUUCCCCUUUCUCCAAUUCCUCCCUCCGCAUCCCACCAACGAAAAAGGAACGGAAUUAAACCACUAAUGGAGACUCAUAAAGUUGCCUUCUUUGCCCUGCUUCUGGUCACUCUGUCUUUUCUCGCCGGCGAGGCCUUCCCCGUGAAGAACCCCUUCCAUCCCGGAAUUGUGAUGCCGACGGAGAAUGGCCCCGACGACGAUGAAGUCGGGACAAGGUGGGCGGUCCUCGUGGCGGGCUCCAAUGGGUACGGAAACUACAGGCAUCAGGCGGACGUUUGCCACGCGUAUCAGCUGCUUAAGAAAGGCGGGUUGAAGGAGGAGAACAUUGUUGUGUUCAUGUUCGACGAUAUCGCUAACAACGAGCUCAAUCCCAGGCCUGGGACCAUCAUCAACCACCCGCAAGGCGACGACGUUUACGCCGGCGUCCCCAAGGAUUACACGGGGGAGAAUGUGACCGCGGAGAAUCUGUACGCGGUGAUCAUGGGUGACAAAGCUGCAGUGAAAGGGGGAAGCGGCAAGGUUGUGGCGAGCAAGCCCAACGACCGGAUUUUCUUGUACUAUUCGGACCAUGGCGGCCCUGGUGUUCUUGGGAUGCCGAACAUGCCUUCCGUAUACGCGAUGGAGUUGAUCAAUGUGUUGAAGAAGAAGCACGCAGCUGGUAGUUACAAAGAAAUGGUGAUCUACGUGGAGGCCUGCGAGAGCGGCAGCAUCUUUGAAGGGAUCAUGCCCACGGACUUGAACAUCUACGUCACCACUGCGGCCAACGCACAGGAGGCCAGCUUCGGGACUUACUGCCCCGGGAUGGACCCGUCCCUUCCCCCGGAGUACAUCACUUGCAUCGGGGAUCUCUACAGCGUCGCCUGGAUGGAAGACAGCGAGACGCACAAUCUGAAGAGGGAGACGGUGAAUCAGCAGUACAAGGCUGUGAAGUCGAGGACCUCGAGUGGCGGAUCCCACGUGAUGGAAUACGGGAGCCAGGGGAUCAAGCCGGAGAAGCUCUACCUGUACCAGGGCUUUGAUCCCGACAGCGUUAACAUCCCUCCACGGCCCAGCAAUGUUGGGUUGUCGAGGACGGAUGUUGUGAACCAGAGAGAUGCAGAGCUUCUCUUCUUGUGGCAUAUGUACAAGAGAUCGGAGAACGGAUCUAGGAAGAAGGCAGAGAUACUGGACGAGAUCAGGAGGACCGUGACGUAUAGGAACCACUUGGACGGCAGCAUCGAAUUGGUUGGGACGCUCUUGUUCGGACCCAAAAACGGCCCACAAGUGCUCAACAAGGUCAGGGGGCCCGGAUCCGCGCUGGUGGACGACUGGCAAUGCUUGAAAUCGAUGGUGAGGGUGUUCGAAGGGAAAUGUGGGUCACUGACGCAGUACGGGAUGAAGCACAUGAGAGCAUUUGCCAACAUCUGUAACAGUGGGGUGUCCAAGGCGACGAUGGAGGAAGCGUCAGGCGUGGCGUGUGCAGGGUAUGCAGCUGGGAAUUUGAGCCCGUUGAAUGUCGGAUUCAGUGCUUGAAAGAUGAAGAAAAUGACCAUCUCUACAUAUAUCUAAUGGAUUGUUCUGAUGCUAUACUAGGCAGGGCAUGGGAGACUAAAAAGAGGUAAGCCGUUGGGAUAUAUGGGUUCUGUAAAUAAGGGGGUUGUAGAACCUGUUGUUGUGUACUUGGAUGUAUAAGGUCGUGAAAUUAUUAUAUGAAAAAAAGGUGAAAUGAGUAUUUGGUAAACCAUUUCCGGUCGAGGUUUCAGAUCUUGUUGGGCUUCACCUGGGUUGGGCUUUAUAGAUUGGGAC